UUUACCUCCAUCGAAACAUUUUACCGAAGAAGAGAGAAACGUUUGGCCCUCAAAUAAUAGUUUUGCUUUUCCAUUUGAUAUAUUUUUUUAUUUAUAUCAACAGUAUUCUUGCUCAUAGUGGCAUCUUCCGAAAAAUAUGACUGAGGAUAUUUUGACCACUCUGAAAAUACUGAUCAUCGGAGAAAGUGGAGUGGGCAAAUCCAGUCUUCUUUUGAGAUUUACAGAUGAUACAUUUGAUCCGGAAAUUGGUGCAACAAUUGGUGUAGAUUUCAAGGUGAAAACCCUGGCUGUGGAUGGAAACAGAGCAAAGCUUGCAAUCUGGGACACAGCAGGUCAGGAACGUUUUCGAACUUUAACACCCAGUUACUACAGAGGAGCUCAGGGUGUCAUUCUGGUGUAUGAUGUCACUAGGCGAGAGACGUUUGCGAAGCUGGAUAACUGGUUGAAUGAGCUGGAUACAUACUGUACAAGAAAUGAUCUUGUCAAAAUGUUGGUGGGAAACAAAAUUGAUAAGGAAGACCAUGAGCUAGAGCGAGAAGAGGGUCUGAAGUUUGCUAGAAAACAUUCCAUGCUUUUCAUAGAGGCCAGUGCAAAGACGAGGGAUGGUGUUCAAUGUGCAUUUGAGGAGCUGGUGGAGAAAAUCCUGCAAACUCCAGGCUUGUGGGAGAGCGUGAACAAGACAAGAGGAGUUGCCCUUUCUGAACUCUCUGAAACUGGUCAAGGAGGCUGUGGGGCAUAUUGCUCACUUCUCUAAAACAAAAACUGUUUAAACAGUGCAGGUUAGAUUAGUUAACACUUAUGUAUGCAGGAUACAUAUACUUUUUUUGGCCUAUGUAUCUGUGCAAGCACACAAGCAGAAUUCAAGAACACUCAUUAUAGCAUUAAUCAUUUAACUGGUCCAGCACAUACAAUAUUAGGACGACUGCUGGAAAACUAGAUAAGCCUUAGGGGGGACCUUUUCCACAUUUUAAGCAAUGAAAUUAAUUUAAAGAGCUCUAUUGAAGGCAUUCUCAUCAUUUGUGUUCGGGAGGUGGAUAAAAAAAGCUUAAUUACUCCAUUAUACCUCAAAA